AUGGGUGAGGGCCUUGUAUGCUCUGUUGGUGCCAUUGACAUUUCCUUGUUCUUUGCUGGAGAUCUUGAUGAGAAGAUGAGAGAUGCACUGCAUCGUUACAUUGAAGAGCGAGGUGUAAACGAGAGCCUCUUUCCAUUCCUUCAAGCUUGGCUCUAUGUGAAGGAUCACCGUAGUCUUGUGCAUUGGUUCAAGUCAGUUGGUACAUUCAUUAAUGAUAGGAAAAAGGUGCCGGAUUGUUAA